AAAUAAUCCCUUUGCUUCAGACAAAACUUCUGUCUUUGAUUCUGGAAAACAUGUCUCCUCUUGUGUUUAGCUUUAUCAUUUGCAUGUUCAUUAAUCUGUCACAAGGAAUGCAAAUGCCUUACAUGACUUCUGAUCCAAGAGACGUCUCCGGCAAGUCAUUCGAUUACAUUGUUGUUGGAGGUGGAACUGCAGGAUGUUCUUUAGCAGCAACUCUCUCUGAAAAAUUCUCUGUUCUUGUCAUUGAACGUGGUGGCUCUCCUUAUGGAGAUCCAUUAGUAGAAGAAAGAAAAUACUUUGGAUACUCACUUCUAAAAACAAACGAGUACACAUCUGUUGCGCAAAGUUUCACAUCAAGAGAUGGAGUUGAGAACUACAGAGGACGCGUUCUUGGUGGAUCUUCAGCUAUAAACGGCGGAUUCUACAGCCGAGCUAGCGAGGAGUUUGUGAAGAAAGCUGGUUGGGACAAAGAUCUUGUUCAAGAUUCUUACAAAUGGGUUGAGUCUAAGGUUGUCUUCAUGCCGGAGUUGACUCAAUGGCAAUCCGUUGUGCAGUUUGGCUUUCUUGAAGCGGGGUUUUAUCCUUACAAUGGGUAUAACUUGGAGCACAAGCAAGGGACGAAGAUUGGUGGGAGCAUAUAUGAUCAGUGUGGGAAGAGGCAUACAUCUGCAGAUCUUUUAGGGUUUGGGAGACCAAACCACAUUACCGUUCUUCUAAACGCGACGGUGAAGAGUGUAAUCUUUGAUGGUAAUAAGACUAAAGCUGUUGGAGUUAGGUUUAUGAAGAGUGAUGGGAGCUCAAGUAAGAGCUAUAAAGUUCAUGUUGAGAAGCGUAGAGGUGAAGUUAUACUCACUGCUGGAGCUUUAGGUAGUCCACAGAUUCUCCUCUUAAGCGGGAUAGGACCAGAGGAUCAUCUAAACGAUCUCAACAUCCCUGUAGUUGUCAACCUUAGGGACGUAGGGAGAAGAAUGUCGGAUAAUCCAGCGAUCUCUCUUCUUGUUGAUAGAUUCUCACAAAACCGCACACUCGAGCCACCUCAAGUCGCAGCGAUAGCAGAAGGAUACAAGUACAUACUCGAAUCAGAGGUUCUUCCAACGAACAUCACCACAACAAGAAUCUCCAUAGCAGCGAAAAUCGCGUUCCCUAAGUCCAGAGGGAGGCUCAAGCUUAAUACCACAAACCCUAGAGAGAACCCUUCAGUGAAAUUCAAUUACUUGGGAAACAAGGAAGACCUCGAGGCUUGCUUAGAGAUGGUUCUUCUUCUUCAACACGUUGCUAGGUCAGAGACUGUGACGUUUUACCUAGGGUUGCAGAACCGGGAGAAGCUUUUGGCUGGUGAUGAUGAGCUUAAGGGGUUUUGUAAAGACAAUGUGAGGACUUAUUAUCAUUACCAUGGAGGUUGUGUGGUGGGAUCUGUGGUUGAUGAGGAUUAUAAAGUUAGUGGUGUGAAGAGGUUAAGAGUUGUUGAUGGCUCAACGUUUGAAGAGUCACCAGGAACAAACCCUAUGGCUACGGUUUUGAUGUUGGGAAGAUAUCAAGGAAUCAAAAUACUUAAAGAGAGAGAAGCAAAGAAAGAAGGAGAUGAGAGCUUUCUUAGUCCUCAAGGAAGUCCACAACCACAGCCCUAAAACAUUCUUACCCUUUUCAGACAGCAAUCUCUGUUCUGUUUUCUUUGUGCAAUGAAUUAUGUUUUGUUGUAAUGAAUCAAUUUUCAGUAACCAAUUCUUAUUAAAAAUGGAAACAUUUAAAAAAAAAAAAACAAAAAGAAUAUACACAAGUUUCUUGUAAUCCAAACCUAACUCUAAGCCUCUGUUCCAUCUGGAGGGUUUGCAUCAUCGUCACUAACAACAGAGAGUCCAAUCCAAACCCCAACUUUCUUCUCUUCUUCAACUUCCUCAACAGGCAUCUCGUACCUACACAACGGACACGUGGCGUGUCUCCCCAGCCACUCCUCCACACACUUCGAGUGAAACUUAUGCUUACAAGGCAUCUCCGCCGCCACGUCACCUACCGACCACUCGUCAAGACAAAUCGAACACCCUCCUUUUCCUAUCUCCUCGUCUUCUCCGAUCACGACACGUGGCAUACUCUCCACCGACGAUUUCGACGCGGGAGAUCUCCCCUGUUUCUCAGAAACGUCGCCGUUUAAAAAAUCCUCGAGUCCGACAGGCGAUCUGAUCACUACUACUCUCUGGAUCACCGAACCACCGCCCUCGCCGGCUUCUCCGGCUGAAGUAAAAUUCACCGGUGAGAAUCCGUCUCCUUCGAUCAUCCUUCGGAACACAGCCGCUAACUCUAAAAAAUCCGCCUCUGAAGACAUCACGCAAACACAAUUAAGAUUGAAAGGAGAGAUCUUUUUGAGAGAGAACAAGAAAAGGAGCUAACUUUAUUAAGGAAAAGGAAACUGAGCAAAAAAAUUAGAUACAAAUCUGUGAAGCAAAGAGUCAAGAGAUUUAUAUAUAUGUUAGCGGAGAUGUUUUACAGUGAAGCUGGCAAAAAGGAAAUAAACGAAAGGUUAGAGAA